UGGCUGCCGAAUAGAGAGAGAGGAAGUCUCGUCUUAAACGUGAACUCCCGUUACCUCGAAGUUCCUUUCCGGUUGGUGCUCCAAGCAAUCAUGAGCAAGAUUUCAAGGGACAACCUGUACGAGGCCAUCACUGGGGUCCUCACUGCCUCACAGGAAAAGAAGAGGAAGUUCACCCAGUCUGUUGAGCUUCAGAUUGUUUUGAAGAACUAUGAUCCUCAAAAGGACAAGCGUUUCUCUGGAACCGUCAAACUGAGACAUGUGCCCCGUCCAAAGAUGAGGGUCUGUGUUCUCGGAGACCAGGUUCAUUGUGACCAGGCUAAUGCUAACAAUAUUCCCUGCAUGGACGCAGACACUUUGAAGAAACUGAACAAGGACAAGAAACUAGUGAAAAAGCUGGCCAAGAAGUAUGAUGCUUUCCUUGCGUCCGACUCUCUGAUCAAGACCAUUCCCAGGAUCCUUGGACCAGGCUUGAACAGAGCAGGAAAAUUUCCCUCCCAGGUCACGCACAACGAGUCACUGGUGUCCAAAAUUGAGGAAACUAAGGCAACCAUCAAAUUCCAGUUGAAAAAGGUAUUGUGUUUGGCUGUAUGCGUGGGACAUGUGGAAAUGGGUGCUGAUGAGCUGUAUUCCAACAUCACACUGUCCAUCAACUUCCUGAUAUCUCUGUUGAAGAAGAACUGGCAGAAUGUCCGUGCUCUCUACAUCAAGGGAUCCAUGACACCAUCCCAGAGAAUUUACUAAACAGACUUGUCCCAAUAAAGUAACUACUGUGAUGGCAA